UGGCGCCCCUCCUGACGUCAUUUUUAAUGCGCCGGGUUGGCCAGCAUGGCGACCUCCUCUGAGAUAAAGGGAAUUAUAUACAGCAAAAUUCGUGCUGAUGCAGGAGACCAGUCAGAUGUUAAGCUGCCAGAAGGCAAACAAUCUGCAAAGUUCGUCGCAUCCUUUCUCCAAUCCAGUUUACCGCAAUUAAGCCCUGAGAAAGUUAAGAAUUAUUUGUAUAAAAAUAUUACUCUUGUUGGUGUAACAACAAAGUUCAAGAAAAAGAAGAGGAAAGCAAAGUGUUUAUCUGCUAAAGAAAGACGGGAAUUGAGGCUAUUUGAGCUCAAGCCAGAACAACAAAGGUAUGAAUUGUUUCUCCCUUUGCAUGAGCUAUGGAAACAGUACAUUCGAGAUCUAUGUAAUGGCUUGAAACCUCAAACGUCAACGAAUAUGAUCCAGACAAAGCUGAUGAAGGCAGACUUUCAUGGAGCCAUUGUGACAGUGGUUAAGUCCAAAUGCCCCUCUUAUGUUGGGAUUACUGGAAUUGUCCUGCAGGAAAUGAAACAUAUAUUCAAGAUUAUCACUGUGGAAAAUAAGCUUAAAGUAAUUCCAAAGCAAAAUAACAUUUUCAGUGUGGAAGUCGAUGGAUUUGUCUCCUAUAUCUACGGCAAUAUGUUUCAACUGAGAUCAAGUGAACGCUCUGUGAAGAAGUUUAAAGGAAAAGGAAGCAUAGACCUUUAAGUCAAAGGAAGAAUCACUGGUGCACUUUAUCAAAUACAGCAUUGACCUCUUGAUUCAGCAUUGCAAGAAACAAUGGAACCCUGUAUGUUUGGCUCAAUCAGCAUGAACAUGACACAAUUGGGAUGUUUAAAAUCUUGUAUAACAAUCGUCAAAUCAUUGCUUUUAAAUAUUUGGCAAUGAAAGGAUUUUCCAGAACGUUAGAUAAAUGUGUUCUCAUUUGUAAUCCUUACAAACUAUGAAUGAAUACAGAUAAUUUUCUUUUAAAGCUGUGGUAAGUUUAUCACAAUGUUCAACAGCAGAAAUUAAAUUAGUUCUAUGGGUAAUUUGCAUUUAGGUAUUUGUGGCAAAUAUAUAUGUCACAGUGCACUUCACAAUGAGGAAGAAAUAUACCUUGGACCAAUAAAGCAAUCAUUAGGAGUGUGAGUAAACUUGGUUAGAGUUAUGUGUUUUAAAGAGGUUUUUAACAUGGAUGUUGAAAGAGCUGUAAAAUAUGGAUGCAUUUGAGGGUGGCAAGUUUGAAGAUAGAGAACCUGUGUGUUCAGAGAGGAAUAUGACCCAGAAGGAGUUCAUAAUGCAGAGAGGAUAAAGUAUAAGGAGGAAUUUAAACACUUUAAAAUUGACAGAAUGAUCUAUGAAGAAAUUGAACAUCAGGGUAGGUAAAAUGAUAGACAAGUGGAACUGGUUCAGGUUCGAAUGUGGAAAAGAAGCAAUUUUUGAUAGAUUACAGUAACAGGGUAGAGGCUGGGGAGAAGAGACUGAAAGAGGAACGGUAGAGCAAGUUUGAAAGUGACACCUGUAGCUGGUUGUCUCAGCAUCUGAUGGGGAAUGUUACAGAGAUAGGGUCUUUGUGACAGAGAUGAUAGAAAAUCUGGUUUACUGUGUCAAUGAGAAUAUUGAGACUGAGAAUGGUGGGGCUUAGCCAUAAAUAUCACAUGAAAUCCUACUUAAUAGGAAGAAACUCGAUGUUUGUCGCUGUUGCUGAAUACAUUGUGGUUUAUGAAUCAUUUCAAUGAUGUAAUACUUAGGGGAAAUAAUUUACCAAAAAACAAAUUAAUUUGACAUUUUACUGCAAUAGAUGCAUCAUUAGAAAAAGAGUGUUACAAUAAUGAAAAGUCCUGCUUUCACUGUCUUGCAACAGAUUGACUAUUUGAUGAAAACAUUCAUCAUCUCAUAGCAAAGGGAAGUUUCUGAACUAGUUCAUUUGCCGUAUUUGGCAUAUAAGGAUAAUAAUUACACAAGUCUGAGAGAAGUAGAUGGUCAAAGAGCAGUAAAAUCAUAGUAGUUCAUAAAGAAAAAGUUUUAAAAGAAUUGGAAAUAACUUACUGCUGAAAUUACAUGAAAUGCUGCUGAGUGAAAAUGUAUAUUUCAUAGUAAGGACAUUCUAAUGUUUGAUCAUAUUGCAGAUGAGUGAAAAUAUGAAUCAGAAGCAGGUUUAUUAUCACUGUCUUGUAUGACAUGAAAUUUGUUUUGCAGCAGUACAGUGGAAAGAAAUUUUUUUAAAAGAUUAUAAAUUACAAAAUAAAUAUUGUUUUAAAAAAAAGGGAAUAACCCAGCAGAGUUCUUGGACUGUUCUGAGAUCUGAUGACAAAAUUCCUCAUUGCCUAGAAGCAGUUCAUAUAUCUAUGGUUUGUUAUGCACUUGGAUUUUCCCAUGGAGUUCACAAGUAAAAUCCAAAUGAAGUAAACAAGAAUACUGAAUAAAAAUGUCUUCAAAUUGUCAUCAUUUGACAUUCCAGAAAAUGAAUCUAAAAGUAGGAUAAUUUCGUAAUUUAAGGUUGUUCAUGUGGAAUAUAAUGUAUUAAAAACUGCCAGCUGAUUUUAGGAAAAUUUAACCCAUUGCCUGGUAAUUUUUUAAAUACCUCUAAUUGGGUACCGAAAACAUGUUUUUGUCAAAUAUGAAUAAUGCGUAUUUAGGAGCACUGAAUGAAGAAGAGGAUUUUGUUAUAAUGGAAAUUGGAUUGCCUGGGAGGCCUGAGAUGCUGUUGUGGGAAAUGGACAGAAUACUUGAGGGGAAGUGGUGUGAAGCAGAUCUCCAUCCUUGCCAAUUACCAACAGGACUGCCAGUUAAUACAAGUUGCUUCUAUUUCAGCAAUGGAUCUUGGAACUGUAAGGCGCUGGUGGUCUCUUUUCCACACACUGAUUAGAAUUCUGAGGAGAAAGGAACAUAAUGAAAGCUGACAAGAUCCUUACUUAAGUCCCUUGUUCAGACCUCAGCUUCACGUGAAUGGUAGUGUGAGCAAAGCAGGUAGAGUUAAUGAGGUUAGAGCACAUAGAAUCAGGGGUAAUAUGCCAAUAUGGGCAAAGAAUUGUCAUCAAAAUGAAAGCUAAAAGUGAGAGUAAAUGAAUGCUUCUUAGGUUGGCAGACUGACUAUUCUGCAGAGAAUGCACUUGUGCCCUAGCUGUGCUCAAUCUAUCUAAAUAUUUGGCUGAAGGGUCCAAACAUCACAUUUCCAAGUUUGCUGAAGGUAAUAAACAAAGGGGAUAGAAUAUAAUAUGGAAAAAUAUGAGAUGAUCCAUUUAGGUAAAUGACAGAUGGGUAGAGCAUUGAAAAGUGUGAAACUGGGUCAUGUUCAUGUUCAAAGGAACUUUGGUGAUCAAUUCACUGAUGACCAACAUACAAGUACAGCAACAGUUAGGACAAACCUUAUGUUAUCCAUUAUAAAGAGGAUGUGAUUACAAGAACUAAAAAGGGCUUAUUGCAAUUGCAAAGGUGUUGCUGAAACCCCCCACAUGGAGUGUUGGGUAUAAUUUUGGCAUGGAACAGUGCAGCAUGGAUUCACUGAAAUAGUUCUAUGGAUGGCAGCGUCUCAUAUGAGGAGAGAUUGAAUGGACCGUGACUAUAUUAUCCAGAGUUUAGAGAAAUCAGAAGGGAAGCGAGUCGUAUUACUUUCUUGAAAAGCAUGCCAGGCUAAAUUCAGGGAGAAUAUUUGCUGCAACUGACCAUUGUGCGGAGUUGACAAUAAGAUGCAAGCCAAUGAGGACUGAGAUGAAACAGUUCUUCACUCGGGAGAAGGUAAGUCCAGAGGGAUGAGGAAACCUUGUCAGUGAGUACAUUCUAAUCAGAAAUCAAUCAUAACGAUCAGAUGGCUAACGUAUAUUCUUACCACUCCAGCACCAGCCCCUCACCCCUGUUUAGAAGACUGUGCGUACAUUCUUUUAUGGAUAUUUGCUGAAGUUAAUAGAGGUAAUUACAAUGGUUGUGGUCACAGAACCUGAGACUAGAGGUUGACAUUUUAGAAAGAUGAAGUAACAGUUACUUUGUGAGAAUCAAAUGCUUUGCUUCCUUAUAUAAUCAGGGUUGUGAAUGCUGUUGAGUGCUGGCAAAUGAAGAGUGCUUGACAGCUAUUCCAAGCAUGCAUUCUCACUAGGGUUACCAGCAUUGCAUGAAAAUUGUGAUCCUUUAAAAAUUCACACAUUCCCCUUUCAAAUAUUUUCUAGCAACACAUAAAAAAUGCUGGAGAAACUCCACAGGCCUGGCAGCAUCUAUGGAAAAAGAGUACAGUUGACGUUUCUGGCCAAUAUCCCUCAAGACUCAGAAAAAGA